AUGUUUGCUUCUAGAGUUUCAAGAAUCGGAGUUUUGAUACUCAAACAACUCUCCGGAGGCAAACCCACAGCCAUAAGCAGAGCAGGAUAUAAUACGAGCAGUUGUUACAACCAAUACUUGCAACCUCUGUUUGAUCAACAGUCUGAAACUAAGUUGUUGCGGGGAGCCAUAUUUCACAAGCAUCAUCUUUUUUCUACCGUUAGUGCCAGCGAUUCUUCAAAUGAAGGGAUUGAGCAGAAAGAAAAGAUAUCUGUGACAUUUGUUGAUAAGGAUGGAGAGGAAAUACAUAUUAAGGUUCCUACUGGAAUGUCUAUGCUAGAAGCUGCCCAUGAAAAUGAUAUAGAUCUUGAAGGAGCAUGUGAAGGUUCACUUGCCUGUUCAACAUGUCAUGUGAUUGUGAUGGAUAUGGACUAUUACAACAAAUUAGAAGACCCAACUGAUGAGGAAAAUGAUAUGUUGGACUUGGCCUUUGGGCUUACGGAAACUUCUCGCUUGGGUUGUCAAGUGAUUGCAAAACCUGAACUUGAUGGAAUUCGUUUAGCUAUUCCUGCUGCCACCCGAAACUUUGCUGUUGAUGGCUAUGUUCCUAAACCACACUAG